AUUAUCUUCUCUUGCACACUCAGCAGAGGGCGCACUGUUGACAUAAACACCGGCUCAGCAUGGCGAAGUUUGUGAGACAGGGGUUGACAGGAUGGCUUCAGAAGAGUGGGGGUGGGAGGAAUGUGGGCGUGUCCCCGGCUCUGUGUGCCCCCACCCUCCAAGUUGGCGACACCAGGAGGCACUCCAGCUCACACAGUGGCAAGCCCAAGACAGGUAUCCUCAUGUUGAACCUGGGAGGUCCGGAGAAGACGGAAGAUGUCCACGACUUUCUGCUGCGACUCUUCCUGGACAAGGAUCUCAUUCCCCUGCCUGCACAGAGUAAGCUGGCUCCCUACAUCGCCAGGCGGCGGACGCCCAGCAUACAGACUCAGUACCGCAAGAUUGGCGGGGGUUCUCCCAUCAAGCGAUGGACGGAGACACAGGGACGAGGCAUGGUGGAACUCCUCGACAAAAUCAGUCCAGAAACAGCUCCUCACAAGUUCUAUGUGGGUUUUCGAUACGCCAACCCUUUGACGGAAGACGCCAUUGAACAGAUGGAGGAGGAUGGCAUAGAACGAGCUAUCGCCUUCACCCAGUACCCACAAUACAGCUGUUCUACAACAGGAAGUAGCCUGAACGCCAUUUACCGCCACUACAUGAGCCGACGCACCCCUAGCAACCUUGUGUGGAGUGUCAUCGAUCGCUGGCCAACACACAAAGGUCUUGUUAAGGCAUUUGCUGAAAACAUAAGAGACGAGAUUGCCAAGUUCCCGGAGGAAGACAGGGACGACAUUGUGAUCCUGUUCUCUGCGCACUCACUGCCCCUCAAGGUCGUGAAUCGUGGAGACCCCUACAGCACUGAAGUAGCAGCCACGGUACAGAGUGUCAUGGAGGAGCUGGGCCACAGUCAUGCCUACAGACUGGUGUGGCAGUCCAAGGUGGGGCCGUUGCCGUGGUUGAGUCCGCAGACGGACGAGGCCAUUAAGGGGCUGGUGACGAGGGGCCGGAAGAACCUGCUGCUGGUGCCCAUCGCCUUCACCAGCGACCACAUAGAGACCCUGUACGAGCUGGACCUGGAGUACGCCCAGGAGCUGGGAGGAGAGGUGGGAGUGAAGAACAUUCGGCGGGCAGCAUCCUUGAAUGACAACCCAAUCUUCAUCGAGGCGAUAGCGGACAUCGUGAAGCAGCACUUGUCCACGCAGAAGGUGUGCUCCACCCAGCUGCGACUACGCUGUCCCAUGUGCACCAACGCUACGUGCGGUCUCGCCAAGGAGUUCUUCCAUGAUCAGCAGGGACUGCUAGACGCGCUGCGAGCUGAAGACGAGCAACUCAAACUUGGCGCCAAGUCCUGAUGGUCUCUGUGUGAUGGGAGUGGGAUAUGCUAGGUGUUUGAUAUUGGAUCUGAACUAGAUGAAGCUUUAUUGAUGCUGUGGAACUGAAACAAUUGCAAUAAUAUUUAAUGUCAUUAAAAUCAGAUCUUAGUGCUGCCUUUGACACAAAAAUCUCAGGACAUCCCAUUACAGUUCACGUCAGAAACACCACUCAUCCGACCAAUCAGACUUUCGCUACUGAGUUCGUGACAGUGAAAGCCUGAAUGUGUUUUCUAGAAAAUGUUGACAUGAGGCUUUCUGCAUGAAGGUAAAACAAACAUAUGAAUGGAGCCUGCAUAGACCGUGGGAAGUACGGCAAUACAAUCUCGGACAUGUAUUAGACAUUCCAGAAUUUUCCUUUGUUUUCAAAUUUUGAAUCAAGAAGUUUGUGGAAGUAUUUUUGCCAUAAAACUCAAGAAAGCUGCUUUCUGAUUGGCCAAUGUCAAUUUCCUGUUAUUAAGUUCAUUGGUUUAUCAAAGUUUGUGUCAGGUCAUUCUGACCUUCCUCAGGUCGUUCUGACCUUCCUCAGGUCUUUGUGUAACAGUAGUGAGCACUAAGAUCUUACUCAUUUCUCACUGAUGACAACACAGUGGGCUGGGAAGGGUAACUCAGGUACUCGGGUUGGGUGGGUACUGAGUAGCACCUAGAUACUCACGGGACUACCCGGACCCGUGGCUAGUCACGUGAUAUAUUGUUGAAUGACAUUAACAAUAAAACUCUAUGGUUA